ACCUGACCUGCCCUGCCCUGCCCUGCCCAACCUACCUUUCCUUUCCUCGCCAAACCUCGCGUGUGUGCGAUGGUAAUUUUAUUACUUAAAUUGCUCUCUAUAAUUACUUCUCAAAUUCCCUAGAGAGUGAGAGAGAUUGGGAGAAAGGGCAAGAGAGCCCGCGGCGUUGCCAAAUUCGCUAGAAUCAUCCAUCCAGUUUCUUUCUAGAAAUAUUUUGUAUAUAUAUAUAUCAGGAAGGCAAAUAAAAGCGCAGGUGUUACGAUGGAUCAUCAAAAUGAGGCCGAACUGACGCAGAUGGAGAUGGAGACGGCGGCUCAGGCGGAGGAGAUGGCAGCCAAUGCCAGCAGCAGCAGCAACCAUGGUAACCCCGUUUGGGAUUUGCUCAAUUUCGCUCGCCAGCUUAUCAACCAGGGGAAGCCUUCUCAAGCCCUCCAAACGGUGGUAAUGGCAAUGAGAUCUGAAGGUGGGGAUGAGGCUGUAUUUCGCUCCUUGCAUCGUGCCCGUGAGUCAUACCAAAGUAGAUUGCGGCAAAGUGCGGCCGCUGAUCAGCUAGCCUCAUUGUUUGCUGAGUGUGCAAUAGCCGAAGCCCAGCCAUUAAAAUCCGAACUAGUGUCGCCUAAUUACUACGAGGGUAAAUCGUUGGUUGUGCCCGCCGACGAUGCUCAUGGAACUUCUAUACUGGCUGAAUCCGGAAGGAUGCAGAUUGUGUUGGAUGCAUUCUCAGAUGGGAGCAGCUUUAUUUGCUUACAGUGUGGAGGUCUUGUUAGCAACAACCGCAGAGAUGAGCACUAUGCAUACUGGUGCUGCCCAAUUUGAAUAGAUGAGCAUGCGGCCAAUGCCCUUUUUGCUAUCUGACUGCAUAGCUUUCUUGAUUUUCAGCUCAUUUGAUGUUUUAUUUAGGUGAUCACUGGGACAGUGUAUUGUUUUGAAGGGAUUAAAUUGUUGAAUUCAUUAAUUUCGUCUUAUGGGCUCUUUUAAUCCUCAUAUUAUUCAUUACUGAA